AUGGACGGCCAGAAAAGACCCAUUGCUCCCGACCACCACGAAAGUGAUCAGCAUGACCGCCCGUCCAAGCGCCAAAAGACCGAGGUGACGGAGUCAUCAGAAGCCGUGGUGGGAGGUGAAGAGCAGGAGAAUCAGGAGGAACAAGACGACAAGGAGGAAAAUGAGAGGGAGAAUGGGGAGAUUAGUGAUGAUGGCGAGAACGAAACCGACGACGACGACGACGAUAGUUUGCCCUCGCUGGACCUUUGGGAAUGGCCUCCUUCCCCGCUCCCCGGAAUUCAGGAACAGGACCAAGCCCAUGAUGAGCCCGGGCAGCAACUCAACCAACAGCAACAGGAGCAGCAGCAACAGGAGCAGCAGCAGGUCAUAGCUGCACAACAAGAACCACAGCAACAACCGCACCCCGAGCCAGUCGUCCCUGUGGCGGUGAUGCCUCAUCAACAUCACGAGACACAGAUCGUGGCUGGCCUCCCCACGCCAGUCCUUGUACCUCAAGGGGGGCAUCCGCACGAGGCGCAAAUUGUCAUGGGUUUGGCCACGCCAGCACCAGAGGCCGAGAUGCACUUACCAAUUGUCCCAGACGAUGGGUUUGCUCUGCCUCCACCUGUCCUUGCUGUUAUGCCCGAGCCAGUCGCUCCUGCAGUGGUGGUGCCUCAUCAACAACAUGAGACACAGAUCGUGGCUGGCCUCCCUACACCAGUCCUUGUACCCCAGCACCCUCACGAGGCGCAAAUCGUCAUGGGUUUGGCCACGCCAGCACCGGAGGGCGAGCUCCAGCUGGGUUUGAACUUACCAGCUGCUGUUCCAGACGAUGGGUUUGCUCUGCCUCCGCCAGUCAUUGCUGUUAUGGGGUAGUUGUACCUGGAGACAUGUUUCACCGGCAUGGCAGUGAAGGGCAGCCCCCGGGUGUGGUGUUUUCCUCCGUGCAAUACCUCUAGGAGCAGGCAAGGCAGUCGGGGCCAUUUUGGAGGACCAGUAGCAGGAUCGGAUAGCCUCGUUUUCUCGUUUCAAGUUGCUGGGAGUGAGAUGGGAUUGGGAUGAGUUUGGGAGGUAGUUCUGGUUAUGAUCGCUGGAUAUCUUGUUGGCUUCUCUUUUCACUUUUCUUUAA